AUGACGAUCCCUCAAAUACCUCCGUUCACUGUCUUCGGUUAUGGAUCCCUCAUCUUCAAGGUGCGUUAUGAGAAUGGUCUGGUGAAUCACAGCCCCGGGUUUAUCAAAGGCUACGUUCGUCGAUUUUCUCAAAUGUCUCAUCAUCAUCGAGGGACGCCCGAGAAUCCGGGACGCGCAGUCACUCUAAUCCACAAGGAAGAUUGGGACCACUACUCCGCAAGUGAUCCGUAUCCUGACGAUGACACUGUGUGGGGCAUUGCGUAUACCAUAGAUCCUGUACACGAGAAGGAAGCUCGCGCAUACCUAGACCACCGCGAAAGGGCAAGUCAUUCAAUGAUAUUGCUGGUAUCCUCUAAUUGGCAGCAUAAGAACGGUUAUACCCUGGAAACAAUGGACAUCUAUGACAUUGUAGACGGUGAGGCACGCAUCGUGAUUCACAACUGCCACUGCUAUGUCGGACGACCCGACAACCCUGCAUUCACCGGUUCUGAGCCUCUCGAUAAGUUAUCACACCACAUCUGGCAGUCGAUCGGUCCAUCUGGACGUAACAAGGAUUACCUAUACCAGCUCGCGGAGGCAGUGCAUAAACUCUCCCCAGCAUCGAGAGACGCGCACUUGUUUGCGCUGGAGGCAAGGGUACGAGAGCUGGAUAGCAAGCUCGGAGACACUUAGUAGAUCUCAAUGAUGGAAACACAAGUAUAUUCAUGAAUGCUGCCAUAUGUCGCUCAAAUUAG